AUGAAGCGCAUGCGCGAUGACAUUACAAACCAGAAUAACAACAUGGAUGAUUUGGGCAUGACACCACCCCCAUCGUCUCUCUGGGCCUCGAUGUCGCCUUGUAAAUCGCAGCAUGCGUCUACUAAGCGUUAUCGAGACCGUUCUGUUCCCAUCGACGCAUUGAGCUGCUUAAUGUCCGCCGCCGUCACUAAUGCGCGUAUGAAGAAACACAGCAGCAUCACUCGCCUGUUCGCUGGCAAAAUCGAGGCAUCUCGCGUUUGCGUCGCUGUGUGUGAAUGCGCCGCGAAUGUGACGCGUGUUGUCACUCCUUUUGUUCGCUGUGCUCGACGCUCAAUUGUGAUGAACAGCUCGACCGCGUCUUCUGUCUUUCGUGCAACGAAGAAGGGCGUUGUAGGAAGUAGCUGCAGAAAGCUAUCACUCGAGCUGCAGUUGUUUAAGUUAGAAGUACCAUAUUUUUAA